AUGCAGAAGAGAUUACUUCGCUUGCCAGCAUUAUUGACCUUCCCUACGACUACUUCAGUAUUGAUCUCUCUCUACGAAAAAUGUUUUGAAAUGGUUUCAAAUGUGGAUAAAAACUCGAUCGUUGCUUUUAAUUCAAAGUACAGUUUGAUACACGGCAAACGGCCAAUGAAUCUACGAUUUGUAUUCGACAAAGAGAUUGUGGAUACAGCCUACGAUAACAUCAUUAUGUUGGAGGCGGCGAUGAUUGAGAAACGCGAUGCAAGCCGCGUCAACGGGGAAAUUGUUCAUGACGUAGGUGUGGAUGGAGAAGGCAUUGAUAAUAUUUGUGUGAAGGCUGGGGAUGCUGGAGAUUGCUUCCACUCUUCCGCUAUUACAGCAAUGUAA